UCCUGUACACCAUGAGCUACAACCCCUCCUACUGCUGGAUCCUCGCUCAGGCACUGGGCCCCUUCUUCACACAAAGAGUCAGGGACCCACAGCGUGUUCCCAAGACCAUCACCCAACUGUACUCCUACUAUAUUUACAACAUCCUGAAAAACCACGGCCGUGAGAUUGAGAACCCCCGUGAUGUGUUACUCAGGGUUGGUCAGAUGGCCUUCAGAGGAGUGUCCGAGAGGAAGAUUGUGUUUACAGAUGGAGAUUUGAUCAAGUUCAAUCUGCAGCCUUCCCAGUUCCUGUCCGGGUUCCUGAUGGAGCUUUUGGAGAGAGAGGAUUCUGCCCGGAGCGUGGUGUACACAUUCCCACACCUCACCAUCCAAGAGUUUGUAGCUGCAGUCGCACAAUUCCUGAAUCCACAUCCCGGGGAUAUCCUGAAAUUCCUCACUGAAGCCCACAACACGACAGAUGGGCGAUUUGAGGUAUUUCUCCGUUUUGUUGCUGGUUUUUCCUCCCGAAUGACAGCUCGGUGCCUGGAGGAGUUUCUGGAUUCAGUAUGA